AUGUAACCCUCAUUUAAGUAACGAGCUCCGUGCAAUUUAUAAAACUUCCAAUAGGAAAUUAUAAUAGAGAACGAAAUUCCAGAAUUAGAUACUUUUGAAGAGUUUUGCAGCAACAUUCCUGAUUAAGACAAUCAAGAUAUCAAUUUCUCCAAGCAAUCACAAACCCAUAACUCAUAAUUAAUUCAUGCAGAUUGUUAAUAAACAAAUGAAUCAAGAUCAUCAGAAUAAUAAUAAUCAAUUGAUUCUCUGGAACAAAAGAGUCAAUCAAAAGGAAAUAGCGUGUAGAGUUAAGAAAAUGAACUAAUAACCUAUUUGCAAUUCGUUGAAUUCAACCCUCAAAGCAUAAUAUCCGAAUCAACUAAUCAUAGGGCAGAUACAUAUUAGAGUUAAAAAGAUACAAUGCCAGAGCCCCCAGCUCCUUAAAAUAAAAAUACAACUAAAUUCUGCUUUCCAUCUAAAGGAAGUGGGUUGAACAAUUUAAAGAAAUAGCUUUGUGUCAAUUAGGAUAUUUAGAAUAACAAUAGAAAUCAAAAUAAUUCUGAAUAGACAGUCUUAAAUAAUCAAACUAUCUCAGAAAACAAUAAUAAUAUCGAAGAAGAUUUAAGAAAAUAAAUGGUUUAAAUAAACAAAGAAAAAACUUAGAUGUAAUUGCAAUAUUCGUAGCAAAUAAAAUAGUUAAUUGAACAAAAUUAAUUAUUAGAAUAAUAACUUAUUUAAUAAAAGUAAUAUACUCAGACAUUGAAUUCUGAAAAAUUGAUUUUGUAAUCCAAAAUAGAUGUUUUAUCAUAAAGACAGAGAAGAGACAAAAACACUAUGGCUGAGACAUGUAAUUUUAUAGAGCCAACAAAGUUGACCAAUAAUGAAAAGAUUUAAUACCUAAUUCAGAAAUUAAAUUAGAAAUGCCAACAAAAUGCUCGUCUAUAAUAUGAGAUAAUAUUAUUAUAAAAUAAUAUUGAAUUGUUAGAAACUUCAAAGAUUUUGCAAUUGACCAACAAUAAUGCCUUUUCUAUGGAUCCAUAUAAAAUUACUCAUCAAAAUCAUUCUCCUCCUCAAACAGAGAAUAGAGCAUAAUCAUAUAGCAAGGAUAGUCGAACAAGUUUAUUGACUCAUUAGAAGUAACCAUUAAAUAUAACCAUAAAUUACCCAAAUGAUUCUAAAAAUAUGGUGAAUUUAUCUGCUAUGAUAUCUCCAUUAUCCAAAUGUGCCUAGAUAAUCUAAUAAAAAUAAAUAAAUUAGAAGAUUUCAAAAAAUACACAACAAUUUUAAGAAGACAUUCAGUCUUAAAAAAUACACACUAAAAAUUCUACCUCUGUCGGGGAAUUGAUGUCCAUGAAGUCUGAUACCAUCAAUUAUUCUAAUAUAAUCAAUAGAAUUCUUAGAAAAGAAUCGUAUUCCAUAUCAUCUCCUGAUGGUAGAGCUACCUAGAAAUUCAAAUAAGCCUUAAAUGAAAAAUUAAACAAUCUUCAACAAGACAGUUCUAAAUCAUAUGGGAGUUUACUAUUCUCAUAAGGGGAACAACGACUCAUAGAAGCAAGUAGUUGUUUCAAAUAAAUAUCUCCUAAAAGAGAGAAAAAAAAGUCUAAAUAGUAAUUAUAUGAUAAAUACAUUAGACUUUUCGGUUUUAUUAAUUAAUAAAAUUCGAGGAAGUAAUCAGAUUUACUCAAAUCAGAAGACUCUCAUCGUUCUGAUUUAGGAAGGAGAUCUGAAAAGUAUGUAAACUUAAUUUAAUCAAGAAAAAAUGGGAUGGAUCCAAAUACUGAAAUCAUAUAAAUAAUGAAGGAAAUGCAACAUAAGAAAUCAGAUAUCUCGAAAAAUAUUAAAUAGCAAAAUCCUAGUACACUUUUUAUAAGACCUAUGGUUACAGAUAUAAAAGAAGCACAAAGUAGUCGUUAAUAAAAAUCUUGA